AUGUCCACUGGAGCCUCAUUCAAGCUUUCGGGAGAAGGACAUCCUUAUAUUUUGAAACUUGGUGUAUUGUUGUGGGAGCUAUUAAUCGGGAAGAAAAUUACCAUUAACCCUGAAGAUGAAGAGGAUGAGGAUGGUGUGGACUCAAACCUCUCUCUCUUCAAUGCACUGAACCGUGAAGAAAUUAACUCACGCGAAAUAUGCGUUGAAAAGCCUAUUCUGGAUGUGAUCGCCAAUUGCCUGAACAUCUAUCCCCAGACUCAACUAGACGAGCGCAUGGUUCGCAGUGUUGUGUACUGGAACAUUGUGAAACCUUUGCAGAACUACCUGGACUCCCUCUACACUACAAGAGCGCGAGCUUCUACCCUUCACCGCAAACGACCAGCCAAUGAUAUGACUUCGAAUGAAUCUAUGAUGAAGUCCGAGGACUUUGGGUCACCGGCAUGCAGACAAGGAGGACUUUUGGCGUUGGAACCCCGGACAAAAAGGGUCAAGGAAGACGAUCCUGGCCCGCAAUGGAGAAAGCAGGAAAGGAGAUGUGAGAAUUGCGGAUGUCUAUUGACUCCAGAGAGCUACGCCAUCGGGAUAGUUUGUGCCUUGCACAAAGAGCUCCUGGCCGUGCGUAUCCUGUUCGAUUGCACGCAUGAGAGCAUCCCGGUUCCAUCCGAGGACUCCAAUCAUUAUUCAUUUGGCCGUAUGGGUCAGCACGAUAUUGUUGCAGUCUGCUUGCCCUCAGGGAAGUAUGGCACCAAUUCUGCCGCAAAUGCAAUUGCCAAUAUGCGUCGCAGCUUUCCUGCCAUCCGAUUUUGUCUGCUGGUGGGUAUAGGGGCAGGUGUACCCACAGAACAGAAUGAUCUACGACUCGGGGAUGUGGUAGUGAGCCAUCCCACAGGAACUCAUCCGGGGGUCAUACAAUACGAUCUCGGAAAGCAGGGAGAGGACGGGGUAUUCCAUCCAACGGGCUCCCUGCAAAGGCCUCCGCGAUUUCUCCUUACUGCGAUAAGCCACUUGAUCUCAAACCCCGAUUUAUCUCCAGCACCGCUUCAAGGAUACGUCGACCAGAUCAUUGCCACCCGACCAGAUUAUAAACGCCCCGACGAGGAAAAAGAUACUAUAUUCGACACUGGGACUGUACACAUUACUCGCAAUGGUAUUCGUGAGCAUCACUAUGCUGAUGGUGAACAGCAAUCAAACGUGUCUCGAAGAGCCACUCAUCCACAUAUCCAUUACGGGCUAAUUGCGUCAGGAAAUCGGGUGAUGAAGAGUGCUUCCGCGAGAGACCACCUCGCUUCUGUGUAUAAUAUUCUUUGCUUUGAGAUGGAGGCCGCCGGUGUCAUGAAUAUAUGCCCUUGUCUCGUAAUCCGUGGCAUUUGCGACUACGCCGACUGCCACAAGAAUGACCUGUGGCAGAACUACGCCUCGGCCACUGCAGCUGCAUAUGCAAAGCUUCUUCUCACAGUCGUGCGACCUUAG